AUGCAAAAUAUUAAAGAGAAAAGUAUUAAUAAACAUAUAUCUUUUUUAAACAGUGAUUGUAAAAUAGUACAAAAGAGUUUGGGAAUUUCUAAAACAAGUUCAAAACAGGAUUUGGUUAACUAUUUGGUUGAUAAGAGUAAGAAAAGAGAAGUUUCUAAAAAGGUUUUAGCUAAAAAAAAUAAGAUGCUGUUUAGUAGUAUUGAUACAAUAUUAACUUUAUAUAGCAAUGCUGAUAUAUUGUUUUCAGAGCAAGCAACUGACUCAACUAAUAGUCCUGCUAAGAUAUAG